AUGGCACUGGGUAAAGCGCUGAGCUGCAUCGGCGCUGUUACGGUCUGCUGCGUCCUUUUGAAAGUCUCGUCAAUCAUGCUCGAGUACGUCCGCCCCUCCCGCCUCUCCAAAUACCUUCGCGAAGACACCGUUGCCUAUGCCCUCAUAACGGGAGCCACAGACGGCAUUGGCUUGGGAUUCGCACGCGAACUCUGUCGACAAGGUUUCGGCGUUAUCUUGCACGGCAGAAACCAACAGAAGCUCCAGCGGACGCAAGAUGCGCUCAAGGACGAAUUUCCCGACGCCCAGAUACGUACCUUUAUCUGCGAUGCGGCGCUGCCAACUCCUCCAGAAGUCUUUGAUGAGCUUGUACGAGACCUGGUAGAUGUGAAGCUGACGAUUCUAAUCAACAACGUUGGGGGCUCAGCUGGUGCCGCCGAGAAUCCAUUCAAGAGUUAUGAGGAGUGCACAAGCGAUCAGCUCGACCGCGUGCUUAACGUCAAUGCCCGGUUCAUGACGCAGCUGACGCGGGCGUUGUUGCCGCAACUCCGCCAGAAUGGCCCCAGCAUGAUUCUCAACAUUUGCUCUUUCUCUGCCCCGGGGAUCCCUUUUGUUACUGCGUAUAGCGCUACGAAGGGAUACAUCAAGGGCUUUUCCGCCGCGUUGAGCAUGGAGCUGAAGAUGCAGAAGAAGAAUGUUGAUGUCGUCACCCUCAUCGUUGGGGAAGUGCACACUGCUAGCUAUCGAAUGCCGCCGAGUUUCUUCGUCCCUACUGGAAGAGAGUUUGCACGGUCGGCUCUGAAAAACGUCGGUUACGGCAGUGGGACGAUCACGGGGUAUUGGCCACAUGCGAUUCAGCAUGCCUUUGUCAGUGCGAUCCCGGAGUGGAUGAGACAGAGGUUUGUGAUGCAGGCAGUAGGAGCUAAAAUGGCCGCAUAUACCAAGCACGUCAAGGAUAGUUGA